AUGGAUUCUUUCGACUCCUUCAUCAACCAGUCACUCGUCGACAACUCCUCAGAUAUCACAACAGACAAAUCAUCCGCAUACAGCAACGAGCUCCUCCUUCAGCUUUUUCUAACGGCAGUCAACCAGCCAGCAACAGAGGAGACUGUGGACCCUAAUUCUCUUCUUCAAACCUCUGACCCCGAGGAUGCCCUGCUGGCUGCUGCCCUGAUGGAGGCCCUGGCGCCACUGCCAUCUGAAAUUAUUACACCCUCGCCUCUUGCUUCUUCUUCCGAUGAUGCUUCUUCUUCUGGCGUGAAGGGGCAGGAGGAAAUGGAAAUCGACAUUGAUGCUUAUGCUUAUGCUUAUAAUGUAGCUGCUGUCAAGCAGGAGGAGGCGUCAGCCGUGCUUCCAGGCGCUGCUUUUGUAGUAAAGGGGGAGGGCAGUGAGCAGACCACUAUUCAGCAGCAGGCCUUGAAUGCUGCUGCUGCUACUGCUGCCGCAUCUGUUUCUGCUGCUAAUGUUUCUAGCGCUAAGCGAUCCGCAGUUGGCAGCCAGAGUCACCAGCAAAACCAACCCCAGCAGAAGAAGGCCGCACGCGAGCUUGUAGCAACCACUGUUUCUGCUUCUGCGCCUGCUUCUGCGCCUGCACCUGCUUCUGCACCUGCUUCUGCACCUGGACCUGCGCCUUCUUCCAAGAGAAGUUCUCCCGAGUUGCACGCCAAUGAUGACACCUUUGACGAUAUUGACAUGGAGGGCAUUGACAUCAAGAGUUUGUCGUCAAAAGAGAGACGCCAGUUAAGAAACAAAAUCUCAGCCCGCAAUUUCCGCGUUCGCCGCAAGGAGUACAUUUCGACGCUCGAGGCCGAGGCCCGUGUUUACAAAGAGGAGAAUGACAGCCUGAAGGCCGAGCUGGCAGUGUCCAAGAGGGACAACACCCAACUGCGCGACGAAGUUCACAAGCUGCGCCUCAAGCUGCAUCAGCUCACAACCAACACUCCCUCUGCUGUGCUUGCGGCGCGUCCAACGACUUCCGCAUCAUCACCAUCAUUGGCUGCUGCCGCUGGUGUGAAGCCACAGACUGCCAGUGUCAUGCCUCGGUUCAAUCCACACAAGGAUAUUUCGCCUGCUGCUGCGGCCGCUGCUGCCGCCACCAAAAAGGCAAAUGCCGGUGCUUCCCCAGCUUCGUCGGCCUCAGCAGCAGCAGCUGGUGCCGGAGCCGCCGGUCCUAGUACUGGUGGCGCUGCUGGUAAUUGGGCCGCGAAAAACAACCGGUCCGGCUAUAUUACUGUAAAUACCGCGACCAUGCCCUUGGACGAGCAAAGGGUCACUUGCGAGGAGCUUUUGGCCGAAUCACGUCGGCAGCAGACUGUCGAUGCACUGUUGAGUGUUGCAGACAGCAACAGUGAUAUGCCAGUAUUGCCAUCGGUUGCGGACAUUUUGGCUUUUGCUGGGCUGAUUGCUGACUUUGUGUGCUCGCAGAUCGCCAUCGAAUCGUCGCUGACUAUGCAUUAUUCAGGAACGCACGCCGCUGUAUUUUGA